CACAACAGUCCUCCCUAACUAUGCAUAUGCUCACCAGAAUUAGAGAGUGAAAGGAUGGGGGGCAUCAGCAGUUGAAUUCAGUAAAACUGGAUCAGGGGGCGGGGGGCGAGAACUGUUUUUCUGCUCACUCUUGGGUCAGUUUUACUGGAUUUACUCCCAGGUCCAUAUCAACAUGCCAUUUGCCAAACGAGUCGUGGAACCUCAGUUACUGUGCAGGCACCAGAUCCCAAACGUAGAGGGCUUGCUUUUCGAGGAUCUGUGCUCCAUCAGUAAUGUGGCUCUUUCUCGGACCUUGCGGCAGCUCUCGGACCUGGCCAAGCAUGCCUGCUCCAUAUUCCAGGAGCUGGAAAACGACCUCAUGUCAACCAACCAGCGGGUCCGGGGACUGCAGAACAAGAUUAACAAACUUCAGGAGACCAGCUCCCAGUUGGAUCCCAAAAAGGAGGCAGUGCCUGUGUCUAACCUGGAUGUGGAGAGUAAGCUGACAACACACUACCAAGCCCCCUGGCACCAGCAGAGGAACGUCUUCCACCCAUCCACACGGCCAGCAUGUGUAGAAGAGCUUCACAGGCAUGCCAAACUGAGCCUGCGGGCCCUGCAGAGAGCCACUUCUGGGAUACGUGCCUCCCGCCGUAAAGAUCAACAGCAGAGAAGCAGCAGGGAGAGGAGAGUCACCAUCUCGAUCUCGGUGGUGCCCCCUGCGCCUUCGUACCCCUCACCACACACCCAGAAGCAGGACCAGAGGGCCAGGCAUUUGACAACGCAGCCAGAGAGACAUGUUAGAGAUGCUUCGACGCAGCUAGUGCAAACACAGUUUGAAAACACCCGCUCCUCCUCCCCUACCGAAUGUUGCCACUUCUCUCCCUGGAGCAGAAAGGCUGUGCCCUCUGACCCUGACACUGAAGGGGUGGCUCUAGGCCACCGGUCUAAGUAUCCUAUCCCUAACAUCCCCUCCACCCUGGACAAGCAGACUAACUGGUCUAAAGCCCUGCCGUUGCCCACCCCAGAGGAGAGAAUGAAAAGUGAUUCCCAAGUGAUCACCUCAUGUAUCAUCCCCAUUAACGUCACUGGGGUUGGCUUUGACAGAGACGCUAGUGUGCGCUGCUCGCUUGUUCACUCGCAGUCUGUGCUUCAGAGGAGGAGGAAGCUAAGGAGACGGAAGACUGUCACCGGCAUUCCCAGACAGGUGCAGCAAGACUUAGACUCUGAUGACUCUCCCAGUUCCAAAGAGCGAACAGUGAUAGUUCAUGCCAGUCCAGAUAUCACUCCCUGCAGCGAGGACCUGGCUAGCCGUCUCAGCACCAAGGACUCAGGUUGCCAGACGGAAGACUUCCUGAUCUCAGGAGCUCCUUCUCGGAGGAGGAUAAGAGCCCAGCGAGGCCAGGGAGCCUCCCUCUGCCUCUCCUACUCUGCAGGAAACAUCUCCUGCCUGCCGGACAGCACUGACACCAUGUUCACCACUUCAGUGGGCACACGCCUGCGCUCCCGGAGCCUGCCCCGAGAGGGGAGCCGUCUGAUGGACAAGGGGCAUAAUGACAGUGAUGAAGAUGAUGAGGAGGAGCUUUCCCCAUUUGAGGCAGAGGACUACCUGCCUGGACCUGGGGAGUUGAUUCUGAAGGACGAAGAAGAGAGCACAGACGAUCAGACAAUGCCUGGCUGCCAACUGGGUAGCCUGAAGUACAAACAGCAUGCAGAGAGUCGAGAGCAUGGCUGGAUGGAGAGGGGCCAAUCACAGCUGCCCAGAAAGACUGAUAUGGGGAGCUGUGAGAUCUCAUCAAGCUCAGACACGUUCAGCAGUCCCAUCCAUUCAGUGUCAACUGCAGGGGUGUUGGGAGGCCAGAUGGACCAUAAGGAGGACCACCAGUCUUCCAGUGGGAACUGGAGUGGAAGCAGCUCCACCUGCCCUUCCCAGACAUCAGAAACGAUCCCCCCAGCAGCCUCACCACCACUUACUGGGUCUUCACACUGCGACUCUGAGCUGUCUCUGAAUGCUGCAACUCACACCAACGAUGACCAAACUAGCUUCAUGCUGGACCACUACCAGAUGGACAGAUUUCAGGGCCUUAGGACUCAGCGGGCGGGCUCCUUCUCCUCCACAGCCAUGGAUAUUUUAGAGGAUAUAGGAGUCAGCACUGCUAGCGAGGGGGAGUGGACUUAUCCCCACCCAGACCCUCCAAGCUCCCAAGAGUUCAAUCCUGAGCAGAGCAGAGAGCCUGAAGGCAGCCUAGGGUGCCCCAGUUUCACCAGCAUGGCCACCUAUGAGAGCAGCUAUUCUGACAAGCCACUGUCUGAGAAGGCAGACACAGUUUCACAUUAUUCUGUAGACACUGAAGGCUACUAUACCUCCAUGCACUUUGACUGUGGUCUUAAAGGUAGCAGAAGCUUCACUUAUAACUAUGCAGCCACUGGCUCUGAUUGUGGCCAGACUGACUUGAGUGGUCACAUGACUCUUGGGAGACGCUGCCUCUCCUUAAGAAAACCAAAGGUGAAGCCAUGUCCGCCUAAGAGGAGUUCAUCCUUAAGGAAAAUAUGCAGUGAGGGAAACAUCCCUGACAAGAGAGAACCAAAGAUAACUUGUGGGCAGCAACUUCCAUUGUCUUCCAAGGAGAGGAAAUUGCAGCUGGAUUUGGCCGGCUCCCCAGGCCAUUUAGAAAACCCGUCACUAGUCAGGGAGCCCCUUGUGGCCUGGGGGGUGGAAGGCUCAGUGGACCUACCCGACUUAGGUGUGUUUAGCUCCACAGACACACAUUCCUUUAAGGAUGGGGGGGUUGUACAGUCUGACUAUGCAGAUCUCUGGCUCCUAAAUGACUUAAAAUCCAAUGAUCCCUACCGAUCGUUGUCAAACUCCAGCACAGCUACAGGUACAACUGUCAUUGAAUGCAUCAAAUCACAGGAGAGCUCUGAGUCCCAGACAUCUCAGUCUGGCUCCAGAGCUACCACCCCAUCACUUCCAUCAGUGGAGGGAGAGUUCAAGCUAACAUCCCCUGAAAAGCUGGCAGGUUUGGCAUCCCCAUCCAGUGGCUACUCUAGUCAAUCAGAAACCCCCACCUCCUCAUUCCCCUCUGCCUUCUUUCCUGGACCACUGUCACCAUCCAGUGGCAAGAGGAAGCCCAAGGUCCCAGAGAGGAAGUCCUCUCUUUCAUCACUUCAGUCACUGUCCUGCAAGGAUGGAGGCUCCUCCUCGAAAAGGGACCUGGAAUUGCCAGUCAUACCUCCUUCCCACCUCGACCUAAGUGCCCUUCAAAAUGUUGGUAGCAAGCCUUCAACUCACAAGAACCAGAUGCAAGUCCUCCAUCAGAACAAACAGAAAGCUUUGGUGUCAGCGCCAGCCCAACUUAUCAGACCUCCUAAUUCAGAGGUCCUCAGUGCCCAUCCCAUGUCCAUCACACCCUCAGUGCUGCAGUCGAUACAGCUGAGAUCCAUCAGUAAGGAAAUUGAAGGUCAUCAUGACGAAACCAGGACUGCCGAUACUGCUACCAGGCCCAAAUGUCCCACUGUGAACAUCGUUAGCACACUUUCCAGUAGUAAACCCUUGGAGCUAAAGAGUCCCCUACAGUACAACUCAUAUCAUCAUAUAUCCUCUCGGGAGUCAUGUGAAUCUGUGUUGACCCCAAAGGAAGAACCUGCAGGUGUGGGAAAUGAAGUAUCUUAUCAUAGUGAUGUGAGGAACAAGCAGGACAGACUAGCUCCAACCCUUUUAGAGAGUAUAACAGCAUUCACACUCCAGUCAGAGCAGUCAUUAGACCAGGAGCUAAGUCAUAAGGGCACUGAUAUCCCUGAGUUGCCCUCGUGUCAGGAAGGAGAGAUGUCCAAAGACUCAGCAGCAGCUUCCCUCUGCCCGGGGGAGCGCAGCGUGGAGUCAGAGCCUUUCCAACCACAAAAAACUGAGCCAUCUGAUGAGGAACCGUCAUCAUGUCUGAUAAAGCAGGGUUCUCCUCCGGUUCAGCGCAGUUCACCCCACAGAUCUGACAGUCUUGAUAAAGUGCCUGAUGCUGUCUGUCAGUCAGAGACAUCAAAAGUUUGCCCAAUCAGUGAUGAUGGUGGCAAAGAAUUAGAAAGUGAGUCAUCAGAUGUUCCAGCCAGUAGUGCCUUGCAUGAUAGCAAGGAGGGGUCAACACCGGACACAGAAGAUUAUUUCAGUAAAGAGUCUACAGCCAGCACACCCAGUGACAAUGUGAUGUCCCCACUGACGGAUGAGACAAGGGCAGAGGAUGACAGUGUCUUUCUGUCACCCACCAAAGCUCGAACAACUGAGGAUCUGUUUGCUAUGAUACACAGGUCCAAAAGGAAAGUGUUGGGCAGAAAGGAUUCCAGUGAGUUGGGUAUGAGAAACCGCCUCGGUGCUGCGUCAGGGAACACACCACCCAGCAGCACUGUGACCUCUCCAAGCUCACAGGCCUCCCCAGCCUCCGCCGUGACACCAACAGGCCUGCAGAAAGUCCCCGGGCCCAUCUACAGGAGCGCAAAGAAGUCAAGCACCUCCAACGAGGAAUUCAAACUACUGCUGCUUAAAAAAGGCAGCCGCUCCGACUCCAGCUAUCGCAUGUCGGCGACAGAGAUCCUCAAAAGCCCCAUCACUCCUAAAACUCCAGUAGACUCACUGGUGGAGGCACCAAGGCAGCCAGAGGAGCCUGCCUCCCCGCUGCAGCAGUUUCUGUCGGGGCCAGAUCAGCUCCUCAGCCCCUGCCCCAAAGCCAACGCUGAGGGCUUCUCCCCAAAAACCCUCCCUACAUCUGCUGCUUCCAGGCAGGGCCGCUCCAGGAUCCCCCCGCCUGCCAACAGCAGCCGCUACGGCAUCCGCAGACUCUACACAGCGCCCAUGCAGGCCAUCUCUGAGGGGGAGACAGAGAACUCAGACGGAAGCCCACAUGACGACCGCUCAUCACAGGGCUCCACUUAGAAAAAGGCUAAAAACUGUGGUGAGCCAUUGACUAAGGAGAGGACAAACCAUCAUAAGGUUUGAAAUUUAUCUGAAUAGUUUACAGAAAAAAUCAUGGACCACAAUCAGUUAUGAUAUUUUAACUGCGGUCGACCAGAAGUAACGGCUAGUCAUAGAAUUUUAUGAAAAACACCCAGGAAGAACAAUUUGGGGCAAAAAUAAUCCUUAAAUUUACUGAUCGUUGCAGAGUUUCGUAAGAGUUUCAUAUUAUGUUAUUCUGUGGAUAUUUUCAACUUGUUUACCUGUAUUUGAGAGUAUUUUAUUCAUAUGUGUAGUGAUUUUCUCACAAAAGAAACAUUCACUAGUAGGAUCAGGGAACUGGAAUAUUUAGUAUUGCUUCCUGUACAAAAAAAAUUAUAUAUAUAUAUAUAUAUAUAUAGAUAGAUAGAUAUAUUUCAACAGAAAUGACACCAAUGACAAGUCAACAAAAAAAAAAUGGUUCAAUUCCAACAAAGGAGGAACCCAACCUCUCUUUUCUAUCACUGGUCAAUUUACUGUAACAUUAUCUCCCAUAAAAACUGUGCUGUUCUGAAAACAUGUUAAAUGCAAGAGUUCAGUCAAGGUCAUAAGAAGGGACGAAAAAAUAAGAAACUGUGGCCUUUUCAAUGAGAGUUAUGGGCAAGGGCUUUCUCUGAGUAUCUCUCGCUGAUUGAGGCAUAAGUUACUAUUCUAUGAACCACAAAUUGUUUGCACUUGAUUUCAGCUCAAAUCAGUAAUAAUAGUCAAUGAAAUACGUAGCAUGUGGAGAUGAAAUGUGUAAGAGGAGAUGCAUUGGAUUAAGUUGUUUGGGACACUCUGUUUUAAAAAGUGCGGGGCAUGUAUUGAGAUCCAGUGCGGCUGUGGAUCCUCUCAAGCCUUUGUUUUUUUUCUCCUACCCAUAGACAUGUGAGAUGUUGAACUGGUAGCCUGUCUUCACUGCCCCACUAUAUUGAUGUUUUAUCUCCUCUCAGUUGUUUUCUACAGAAUUGUGGAAAAAAAAAAAAAAAAAAAAAAAACUCUUACAGGUUGAUAUUUUUUAUCAAUACCUUGGAAAAAUAGAGAAAUAUGCUAUUUAAAGUAUAUGUAUUCUAUGAAUACCUAUGCAAUUAGACACACAAUUUAACAAUGUUGUUCAUUAGCUAGAAAACACAGCAGUAAUUUGCUCAUCUUAAUAGCCAACUAUUUUGAUACCCCACUAAUACUGAAUAUCAGGAGUAACACUGUGUAAGAAAAAGCUGAAAAAAAAAAAAAAACACGUGAAGCUCAAAAUAUGUGUAACAUGUGUUUGCAUGUUGCUCAGUCCCUUUGUAAACACAUACUAAAUUAUAGAGAGGAACAAAUAUAGAAUUUUAGAUUUUAGAUCAUUAUUACAACAUAUAAGGUAUUCAAACAUGAGAUUUUUAAGAGCGGAGACUGAAAAAAGUCAAAGCUAAGCACUAACUUGACAAUCUGGGGAACAAGGACGGAGCAGGCAUUAAAGUGAGAGGUGUUUUAAUUAAGAAGCGACGCGUAAAAGUAAAUGUGGGAGACAGCGACAAAGGAGAGCUGCACAAGAACAAGGCGGUCGGUGUGAAACAGUAAAGGUCAUUUCAGGUUUGUGGACUUGAUGCGUUUUAGGAAUUGUGGAAAGGGGCAAGUGGAAAGUGUACGAGAGGAUCAGAUAUGCCUUAUUUUACUCUGCUCGACAGAAUUCUUUUAUUUCCAUCUAAGUUGAAGUAUUUCAGCCACGAUCGUACAGUAAGUGACAAGCAAGUGGAGUGCUUUGUUUGAUUUUUAGGCUUUGUCAGAGGAUGUAGGGAUAAUUUGGAGGCUGGUUGUAGUCUGUCAGGUCAGUGGUGGAAAGACUCAAGUUCUGGAUUUAGAGACAUGGCAUUGGCUGCUAUUUGUACCAUAUGCCCCUGUACUUUUUUUCCCCACUAAAAUGUGACUUGUCAAGGUUUGUUUUCUGUGUGGUAACAAUCUAAAUGUAUUUAUUUUUUUAAUAAAUACAACACUAGGUCAUAAGAAUCGAAACAGCUGAACUAGAAAUCUCUGCACACUCCAUGAUUAGGUUUACACCUUUAACCUAAAAAAAAAAUCGAAAUCUUUUGAUGAUGACAGUAUGAGAUGAAUCGCUGGUAUUUUUAAUAACAUAUUUUAUUCAGAUACUUAUUUUGUUUAUGAAGAUGAUUUAGUGAGACAAAUGCUAAAACCUUAUUUAAGACACUGGUUGCAGAGACAAGUGGGAAAUCAACAUGAAUGUCAUCAAACGAUGGCAUAAACAAUCAUAAGCUACAAGUGAGAGUUUUAGUCGUAACCCUGACACCCUGAGAGGGCGCCUGAUUUUUUUUUUAGUGGUAUAUGGUGUUUAUUAAAACGAUGGUACUCAUCCAUUAUGCAAACUUGACAGUCUAUGUAGCCAUAUUUGCCCUAUAGCAAUCUUCCAACGGCACUACAGGUGCAGCUGUACGUCCCGAGGUACACUGUAAAUAUGAACUUUAUUUUGGCCUUAUGAUAAACACCACGGACAGAUGAUUCCUUUUCGUGUCGGUAACUUGAUACCACUCAGCCGAGCUGUUUGUAGUUCCACUAAAAACUCCACACUCACGCGAGAACUGCUCAGCUUCCUGCUACAACAGGGUACACAAUGGGUUAUUUCUGUGAACCUUCAUUCCAACAACAUAUAUAUCUAACUUAGACUUUUGCACUGAUAAAGUGACGUUUGUGAAGUUUCAUUUGUCUCUUGCUGUACCUGGGGCUGUGUAUAGACCUUUCCCUGGAACUGUUUGACUUUCCUUGAAUAAUAUUCUACAUGGCUCAUAAUCUGAGUAUGCUUUAGGAGUGGAGUAGAUGCUUUUGCCAAAGGCUGUGACGUGUACACGUGUUAGUGGCAUUGAACUGUUUUUUUUUUUUUUUUUGGUUUACUUGACUGAGAUAUUUUGUUGAAAACAUAAACCAAUAAUAAAGAAGAAUUACAGUGUAACUUAUGGUACUAGAUGCAUUUCAUUCGGACUAAAUGCUUCAAAUCAACCUCUUAGCAUCAGUUUUGUAUUUUUUGUACAAACUUGUAAAUACAGUAACUUUAAAAUUGUUACAAAGGUUGUUGAAUUGUUUCUUUUGUAAAAAACAAAAUGUUUUCAAAGUUUACAUUAAUUUCAGACCUUUGUAUAUUUUUGAGCUGUGCAACACUUUGUCUUGUAUUUAUUUUUUAGUAAACAUUGUGGAAAUCCCAUAGUAAAACCUAUCAAAGCCAACUGCCAGCACAACUGGUUGCUUAGCAAAUGUGUAUAAAAAAGGCAAAUAAAUGUGACUGCUUUGAAAAUUA